CUGAGAUGGAGUACGGCAAUGCAAGAGCGGAAGUGGAUAAAUUACAGACGAAGGCUUCCAGUAAGUCAAUGGCAAAGCCUUCAAGAUCAAUAUAACAUUCGGUUCAAAGGGGAAAUCUGAUGAGCAGACUGUUUCAACUCUAUAUAACACCGGGUCACAAAACUCUAAUGUUAAGACAAAUGAGAGUUCUUGGAAUAAUGAGAGCCUUGAAUGCGUGCCUAUUAAUAAGGACACUCUUAGCAAAGCUGCUAGGCUAAAAAUGCUUAAAAACUUUCACCGCACCAUUAAAAUCACCGGAUGAAAACAGAGCAGGCUUAAAGCACAAUGCUUAAAAGAAAUUGUAGCCGAUGAUAAAUUCAAGAAUCUUGUGACCAUAGGCCAGAAACCAAAAUUUAGGGAAAAAUUGCAGAUGAACAGAAGUACCAGCACCAAAAGAAGGCUGAAAGCAGUAGCACAAAAUGGAAAAGUUCAAAGUAGGAAUAAUGUUACAGUGAAUAUAAAUUAUAAAACAAUGAAGAGGCCUAAAUCUAGAAUCCUUAAUCUGAGGAACACAACAGAGAAUAAUCGGAUGUGUGACAAAAUAAAACCUAGUAUAUCAACUAUCUCGAAGAUCCAGCUAAAUGAACAUGCCUUAAAAUAACCUUAAGAAAUAUUGGAGUAAAGAAAUUGGGAAGAUUAAAUAGCUCCGAUGAAUAUCGCAGCAGAGAGAGAUCGAUGAGCCGAUUACGUAAUUAUCAGCCACCCAUUAUUAACAUUAAUACGGGUUAUGGAGGUAUGAAGCAAUCAAGGCCAAGAUUGAAGGAAAAAUUGAAGCCUAAAUUCACACUGAAAUACAAACAAGGGAAGGAGAAGGAGAAGUUUGAACAGACUAAGUUCAAACUAAUGAAUAAGAAAGCUAAAAUAAAACAUAUCAAAAAUUUAAUAAACUUAUCAAAUGAUGGUUCUUGUGCUGUCUCAAGUAAUAGUAGAAAUCUGGAUAGUUCCAACAAUCUCCACCGCUGCAACAUGAAUUCUGAUCUAGACUUUGAGCAGUCGAUGCUGGAUGUUGGGGACAACACAAGGACGUUCAAGAUGAAGUACCUGGACCUUUCAAAGCUUCAUAACACAAUCGAAUAAUAAUA